AUUAUUCUUAAGCGUGUUUUUAACUAAUUUUCUUAAUUAAAAUAGAAAUGUGAAGUUGUAGACGAUGGGAGGGUGCUGGGACGGAGUAUGUAUUGGCCAAUAAAGAAUUAUCUAUAUCCCAGUUUCUCGUGUUAGUCGUGUAAGCUUUAAUGGCGGCGGCAGGGCUCUCUAACGUGGAAAUCCUAGAGCAGCUAAGGGAAGGGGUCGCUGAGUUUGAGCUCUUCUCUUCGCCAUUUCCACCCACUUCAACUUUAAAUCCGAAGACCCAGCUGCACCAUCACGCAUUUCACCAUAGGGUUCCGGAUGGGAAUCUCAAAUCCUCCCUUCAUUUCUUUGCCAGAAUCGGACCAUCACUAGGUGGAGACUCACAAGCUUUGAAGAGAGUGGAACGCUACUCAGUACAGAAAGUUGCAGGUGAUGGACGAUGCAUGUUCCGUGCGCUGGUAAAAGGGAUGGCUUUGAACAAGGGCAAGGCACUGGGCCCCCGUGAAGAAAGAGAGGGCGCAGAUGAACUGAGGAUGGCAGUAAAAGAGGUCAUUUGUGACAAUGAUAAAGAACGCCUGAAGUAUGAAGAGGCCUUGAUUGCAAUCACUGUUGAUGAGUCUUUAAACCGCUACUGCCAGCGAAUUGGGCGAGCUGAUUUCUGGGGAGGAGAGCCAGAGCUACUGGUAUUGUCGAAGUUAUUAUGCCAGCCAAUCAUUGUAUAUAUACCAGAACAUGAGUAUGGACGAGGCACUGGUUUUACUUCAAUUGCGGAGUAUGGAGGAGAAUUUCGCGAGGGCACGAAGAAUAGAAAAGCAAGACAAGCCGUGAAACUUCUUUUCAAUGGCUGGAAUCAUUAUGACCUACUUGUAUAGACAUCAGAAUAUCAUAUCAUGGAUUGUUUUCUUGUAGUCAACCAUAAUCCAUGCUAACAAGUCAUGAUGCCCAGUUUUUGUCUGGAAAUUUAGGAAAAUUCCAUUGCAAAUCUGCAACAAGAUUUCGCAAUUCGGUUUAAUGAAUGGCUUUAAUAUUGCAUGCUAAAAUUCUAGCAGGAUGAGUGAAUCCCAGCCUUGCUUGAUCUUGGAAUUUGAGUAAUCUCAUUCAGUUGAAACAGUUCUGGA